CUCGAACUUGGUCGACCAUUGUCGUACAAUGUUUCUGUCGAUGAAGCCAACUUACCAAAUUGAGCCAGCAUCAAAGCAUUAUGCUUCGCUUGUCGGCGUGUUGGGAUCCUGGGGUUUCAUCGAAGAGGCAGAGGAAAUGAUUCUGGAGCUGCCAUUCGAUCCUGAAGUUUCAAUAUGGAAAGCUCUACUCGACAGCUGCACGUGAACACAGCCGUCGGAAGAAGGGUUGCCAAACGCAUUUUAGCGGUGGAGCCUCUAGACCCAUCGACAUUCGUGCUUGUAUCGAAUCUGUACUCUGCAUCAGGAAGAUGGCAUUGCUCGGAAGCCACGAGGCAGGAAAUGAGAGAGAAGGGAAUGAGGAAGCAACCAUGCCAGAGCUGGAUCAUCCACGACAAUGAGAUCCACUCGUUCCAAGUACGAGACGUGUCCCACUUACAAUCCAUGAACAUUUACAGAGGCCUGGAAGUACUGCUACUGGAAUGUAUGAGGUCCGGGUACGAACCGGGCACCAGCUUCGUCCUCCACGAAGUAGAAGACCACCAGAAGAAGGAUCUCUUGUUCUGCCACAGCGCGAAGCUAACCGCGACAUACGGCCUCCUGAUGACGAGCCUAGUGCAGGUUAUCCGGAUCGUGAAGAACGUCCAUGUUUGUGGCGACUGCCAUAGCUUCUUGAAACACGUGUCGGCGGUGUCCGAGAGAGAGAUAUCGCUGAGGGAUGGUUCUGGGUUCCAUUUCUUCUCGGAUGGGCAGUAUUCCUGCAGAGAUUACUGCUGAAAAUUAGAGCAGUGGUCUUUUUGUUGUUCGAAUAGAACUGUCACCACUCACCACCAUACCAUACCCGACUCGACUCUGUUGUGUUUGUACAAUCAAUGUAAAAAGCUUCUUUAUUUUAUUGAAGGCGCAAAGGAAAAGAUAAACGCCAGCGUUUCGAGGGGAGGUAGUCAUUCUUUCAGGGAAAACUGGGCUUCUAUUUGACAAGGACCGGAAAAGCUAUUUAAUCAAAAGCCCAAAUUACUGAAAAUCCGGUGGCGUUCCCGGAAGGAGGCAUGCCCACGACGAGCGAAAAUCAGAAAUACUUGCAAAAUGAAGAAACGGGUUUUAGUCCAGAACGCGAAACGGCCCGAAAAUCUUCUUCUUUAUUUAAUUGAAGGCCCAAAGGAAAUAUAACUGGCAACGGUUUGGAAGGGAGAUGGGAGUAAGGUUGGGCUAAAGUGGGCUUCCUUUUGACAAAGGCCCAAAUAAGCUUAUCUUCCAUUUAAUCAAAGGCCCAAAGAACCUGAAAUGCGGCUGCGUUUGGUGAGCAAGGUAGGCCAACGUCCGGAAAAAACUGGAAACCUCUGAGAACGGGAAAAUGGGGGUCAGAAACGGCCGAAACGCGAAACGUUUCUUGUCCUCAAAACCAAAAUCGAAACGCGAGAAAUUGACGAGAUACCGCGAUAUUACGACAUAUCGUGAUAUUUAAACGUUUUAUUGACUUUUGACGAUAUAUUGACCGUGUGUUGAAUUUUACCCCUCUGGCCUCUGGGUACCAAAAAAACCGAGGGAGAAAACCAGAAAUACACCGGACGAUCGCAUCAAAAUACGGGGAAACAACACAACAAUGAUUCGGUUAAUGAACUUUGGAGACUAAAUAACGCUGGGGUAAUUAGCAUAAAUGGUCACAAACCUUUGCACUUAGUACAAAACAGUCACAAACCUUUAAUUUGUAACUAUUUGAUAACAAAACUUUUUACUUAGAACAAAACGGUCACAAAUUAAACAGUGUGACCAUUUCAUACCAGUUCGAACUUUUGUUACCGUGUCGUUGCAAAUUAGACUUUUGGUGACCGUUUUGUACAAAUUAAGUUCAAAAGUUUGAACGAUCAAUCACCGUUACAAUUCGCUCUAGUUGUAUGGUGGUUUUAUUAAUGUAUGUGAAUGAUAUGAUCGUCAUAAAAGAUGACAAUGAAAGAACUCAAUGGCUCACAAACGGGUUCCAGACUGCUUUUUAGUUGAAAAAACUCUGUCUACUUUCUUACUUUCUUGGUAUCGAAAUUGAAAGGUCAACUGAGGGCAUUCUUAUUCGGCAAAGCAAAUAUGUCGAUGAACACAUGACCUGACAUCUUAUAUGUCGUUCAAGUGGUUAGUGUCAUAUACUUAACGAACAAACUACCCUACCUCAAAACAUGACAAACAUUUAAUUUGUAAUGAUUCGGUAACAAACCUUUGCACUUAAA